AUGGAAGCGCUUCAGUAUGAGGACAGCGCCCACGGCCGACUGUGUGAGCAAUUUGCAGCCUACAUUACCCAGAGUAGCGCCCAACUGCAGCAUGAGCGGACUCAGUUGCAGCAUGAGCGGACACAAAGCGACGAGCGUCUGCGGCAGGUCAGUCUCUACGCCGAAGACCAACGUGGCCAGCUGGAUCAACGGAGACAAGAGCUGGAGAGGCUGCAGGCAGAAGCCCAACAACUUCGCAGCGACAACCAGAUCCUCACAAAUGUGAUUACAUAUCUUCAGCGCGAAAUGAGGACUCAGCGAUGUUGGUUAGAGGAUCUGCGGCAGCAGCUGGUGGCACAGAACCAAGCCAUGUGUGUGCUGAACCAAAGCUCUUAUCAAGCUCCUCCGACGGUCCCCUCACUCUCGCUGAUUCACUACGACCCGCCGCUGCAAGCACGACCGCAGUCGUCCGAGGCAGACGCAUAG